AUACUUGGCCAAAUUAUAAACGUGAUGGCUGUCCUAUGAAAACAAAUAUGUUAUUAGAGAGUUAUUUUAAAAAAGAUAUGAUAUUACAUUAUCGGGGACGAUAUACCAAGUCUUUACAUGCAAAUCUUGAGAAAAUAGGUACAUCAAUGCACGUAGAUGCAGGAAAGAUUAAAAG